UAUGGAAUGAUUGAAAUGAGUCGGCCGUUGUUCAUUUUAUUCGGUGCUGUUUUUGUGUUAAGUGUUUAUUCAUGUCGCCAUCAUUAUGGAGAACAUUGCCAUUUACCGGGAUCACAAAGAUCUGUUGGAAGAUGUGUUCCGGUAGAAAAAUGCGGCCAUACUCUUGCCAAUGUGAUUGCAUUACAAUUCGAUCCUAACGUUUCUUUCGAGCAGUACCUUCAGAGACGAGUAUGUGGUAAUGGACCAUACGGGAAUGCUCUUAUUUGUUGCGGAGAUCAAUCCAAUAGUGACGAGCGGAUAAGCACUCGUAGGAAACCCCAAGCGCGUCGCUCAUGUCGUACAUUUCGUCAUGGACCAGGCGUAUGUGUUCCGAUAGAAGAUUGUCCUUCGAUAUACAACUGCAGUCUGGAAAUACAACGCAACUAUAAUCCAACACUGCAUCUUCAUCUGACCCAAAGUUUUUGCUAUCAGGAGAAGGGCAAGGUCUUUGUUUGUUGCGAUGAUGAUCAAGACGUACGCUUGAGUCUGAAACCAUUGAAGAAACCUGGAUGGCAACGGUGUGAAACUCCCUUUUUAGAUUCUGGUAAAUGUGUUCCGGCUAGCCGAUGUGGAUUAGUUGAAAAUAGUGAUGAUGUACCAGAAUCGUUGAGGGCGUUUAUGGUGGGCUGUAAUCAGCCGAAUAAUGUGAACCACAUAUGUUGUCCCAAAAAUGAAAUCCGAUAUGAUGAAGAGUUUGGUAAAAAGUGCACUACACAAGCUGGAAAAUCGGGAUAUUGUACCGAGACAGACCGUUGUGACGAUUUCCUCAAAGCUAAUGACGGUCAGGAAUAUAUGAGAAAUAAUUGGUGCUAUACCAGUUUGGAACAGAUAGAUUACGUAUGCUGCGUACGGAAAAAUAUUUUAAAUGUUAACAAUAAAGCUAUCGAAGUUGGUACUCGAGCCGGAGAAGAUGCUCCCACCUGCAGAACACCUAAUAAUACGCCUGGUCGAUGCGUGGCACUUGCUGAGUGUCCUCCGAUCGUAGCGAUACUGCGAGAAACCUCCGCUACCAAAGUACCAGUCACACCAGCUCAAGCAGCUUUUCUAAAAAACAGCGUUUGUACUCCGGGAACAUCAUCGGGCAGUUCCAGUACCUAUUUCGUUUGCUGUGACGAGGUUGCAUUACAAACAGUAACUACGCCGGCUCCUUCGAAAGUAGUACCGGCGGCGGUCGAUCCUAAUGAUAUUACCAAUCAUCCAAAUUUACGCUUAUUGGACCGCACCAACUGUGGCAGAACGAGCUUGGAUGACAAGAUAUCAUUUGGGGAGCGAGCUUCUAUGUACCAAUAUCCUUGGAUGGCUAUGCUUAUUUACCGAACCACCAGUGGAGGAGAAAGUCCCGAAUGCGGCGGUACCGUAAUUAAUUCCCGAUACGUAUUAACGGCCGCACACUGUAUCGAUGGACAAAUAGAACGUUUAAUGUACAUUCGUUUGGGCGAAUACGAUACCCGCACCGACCCUGAUUGUGAUGAGUAUAUGGAUUGCGCUCCACCAUUCACGCGAUACAGCGUUGAGAAUUCUGUGAUGCAUGAAAAUUUUACCAGGAUGGUUCGCUCGGGCAACGACAUUGGACUACUUCGAUUGAAUCGUAAUGUAGAUUUCAGCAAAGGUGAUGUCUCGCCCAUUUGUCUACCGUUUACCAAUAAUCUGGUUCGAUUCGAUCCAAGCCUAUACUGGAUCACAGGCUGGGGAUUAACGGAGCGGUUAGAGAACAGUCCAAUUCUUUUGCAGGCCAGAAUUCCAUCGGUUUCUUGUAGCUUGAGUACUCAUUCAAUAUGCGCUGGAUUUGGAAAUGGCACGCUUCAUUGCCGAGGUGACUCCGGUGGACCUAUGAAGGUUCAGGUACCGGAGAUUAGCUUUAGAUACGUCCAAUAUGGAAUCAUUUCCGCUGGUCCAGGAUGUGGAGUUACUGGAGCUCCAGGUGUUAGUACACGGGUAGCCUUCUUCAUUCGGUGGAUUUUGGAUAACAUUCGGGAAUAAAAUAAAUACCCAAGAGAGCAAUAAUUUAAUA